AGUUUAAUUAGAUCCAUCUAUUCUAAUACUGGACUGGAAAUCAACAGUGGAGAAUUGUUUUGCAGCUUAUCAUAUAGCAUCACUUUAAGGACGGGUUUUUCCGGAAGAUGCAAGCAACACGAAGCAUUCAUUUCAAUUCUGAGGAAACUUGUGGAAGCUGCAGCUGGUUUUAGUAUUGCUGAUCUGUUUCCUUCCAUCAAAUUGCUUCAUGUGAUCAGUGGAAUGGGAGCUAAAUUUGAGAGGUUUCACCAUGAUUUAGACGUGAUGCUUGAAAGCAUCAUUGAAUAACAUAGAGAUAGAAAUGCGCAUCCGAAGAAAAGUGAUGAUGAAAUAGAUGAUCAAGUUAGUGCUCUUUUGAAUCUUCAGGAUCAUGGAGGCCUUGAAUUUCCCUUAACAACUGACAACGUCAAAGCUGUUAUCCUGUUUAGUAAUUUGAUGUCCCAUAUCUUGCAUGUUUUUAUGUGUUUAUAUGGUCCUAUAAAUUUAACAUGCUCAAAGAUCAGAUAACUUCAAGCUUCAGAUUGGUAUCUUUGGAAAGGAACAUUUAUUUAGUGUUCAAAUAUAUGAGACCUUGCUUUCUUUAGUUGAUUGAAAACUGUAAAAAAAUGUUUUGUACUGCAAGUAGAACUUUUCAGGACAUUCUCAUUGGUGGAACUGAGACAUCUCCAACUAUAGCUGAAUGGGUGAUGUAGGAAAUGAUGAAAAAUCCUAGAAUCCUUGAAAAAGAACAAGCCGAGGUGAGGCAAGCCUAUGAUAGAACAGGGGAUGUCAGCGAGUCAGACCUUCAUGAAUUGACGUACUUGAAGUUAGUUAUAAAGGAAACUCUAAGAUUACACCCUCCUCUACCUUUGCUACUUCCAAGAGAAAGUAUGGAGAGAUGUGAAAUUAAUGGAUAUGAGAUACCAGCCAAGACCAAAUUGGUUUUUAAUGCAUGAACCAUUGGAAGAGAUUCCAACUACUGGAAUGAAGCCGAGAGGUUCAAUCCAGAGAGAUUCAUCAAUAGUUGUUUUUUUUUUUUUUGAAAGCAAAUUCAUCAGUCGUUCAGUUGACUACAAAGGGGCUAACUUCGAAUUUAUUUCCUUUGGUGCUGGAAGGAGAAUGUGUCUUGGCAUCUCAUACGGUAUGGCUGUUCUCGAGACUCCCUAAUGGACUGGAAAAUGAGGAUCUAGACAUGACUGAGGCUUUUGGUGCUUCUGUUAGAAGAAAAAGUGAUAUGUACUUGAUUCCCAUUCCUUACCACCCGCUAUGUGUUCAGUAGUUAGAAAUAUAUACAUAAAUAUCAGGGAUGAUCUCUUUGUAAAACCAGUGUGAAGAUUGUGAAAUCCCAUUUCACAUGGCAGCUGUUGCUUCCUAUUCCCAAUAUUUGGGUUCAAAAUUCUAUUAUAUUCCCAAUACUAUAGCAACAAAAUUAUUCAAUUUUGUCAUGUUCUGGUGACGAAGGAUAAGUUUGUUUAAAGCACCCAUACCCGGAGUCAGUUUUGACAGGCAAGCAUGUUUCAAGAUCAGAAACCUGCAUAAACUAAAAAAAUAAAUGAAAUUUUCUCAUCAAUUCAUGAACAGUUUAUCCUUUAGUCUUGCAUAUGUUUACCAUGGAUAAGUUGCUCCCUUUGUCCUUCACCUUCUUUGUGUUCAUUUUCAUGGUUCUUAAGUUAUGGAUGAGAUCCAAAAUAAAGGAGACACCCAAAAAUCUACCUCCUUCACCAUGGAAACUACCUAUUAUAGGUCACUUGCAUCUUUUGAUCUUUGCUCUUCCCCAUCGACGCUUGAUGGAAUUAGCCAAAAGACAUGGUUCCGUCAUGCAGCUACAACUUGGUGAAUUAUCACACAUUGUUGUUUCUUCUCCAGAGGCUGCUAAAGAAGUGAUGAUAACACAUGAUAUCAAUUUUGCUAACAGGCCUUUUCUCUUUGCUGCAGAAAUGAUUUUAUAUAAUUCUUCAGAUAUUGCUUUUGCACCAUAUGGGGGCUAUUGGAGGCAACUUCGAACGGUUUGCACAUUGGAGCUGUUAAGUACAAAACGUGUACAAUCAUUCCAAUCAAUCAGAGAAGAGAAUGUAUCAAGUUUAAUUAGAUCCAUCUAUUCUAAUACAGGACUGGAAAUCAACCUUGGAGAAAUGUUAUGCAACUUAUCAUAUAACAUCACUUUAAGGACUGCUUUCGCUGGAAGAUGCAACCAACACAAAGCAUUCAUUUCAUUUGUGAAGAAAUUUGUGGAAUCAUUAGCCGGUUUUAGUAUAGUUGAUCUGUUUCCUUCCAUCAAAUUGCUUCAUGUGAUCACUGGGAUGAGAGCCAAACUUGAGAGGUUUCAUCAUGAUCUAGACUCGAUGCUUGAAAGCAUCAUUGAAGAACAUAGAGCUAGCAAUGCAAAUCUGGAAAACAGUGAUGAAAAAACAGAUGAUCUACUUGAUGUUCUUUUGAAUCUCCAGGGUCACGGAGGCCUUGAAUUUCCCUUAACAACUGACAACAUCAAAGCUGUUAUCCUGGUUAGUAGUUUGAUGUCUCAUACAUCUUCAACUACAGUAGAAUGGGCAAUGUCGGAAAUGAUGAAAAAUCCUAAAAUACUAGAAAAAGCACAAGCUGAGGUGAGGCAAGUCUAUGACAUAACAGGGGAUGUCAAUGAAUUAGACCUUCAUGAAUUAAAGUACUUGAAGUUGGUUAUCAAAGAAACUCUAAGAUUACACCCUCCUGUACCUAUGCUACUUCAAAGAGAAAAUACUGAGAGAUGUGAAAUUAAUGGAUACGAGAUACCAGCCAAGACCAAAGUGAUUGUCAAUGCAUGGGCCAUUGGAAGAGAUUCCAACUACUGGAAUGAAGCCGAGAGGUUCAAUCCAGAGAGAUUCAUCAAUUGUUCAGUUGACUAUAAAGGGGCUAACUUCGAAUUUAUUCCCUUUGGUGCUGGAAGGAGGAUGUGUCCUGGAAUGUCAUAUGGUAUGGCUGUCGUAGAGCUUUCCCUUGCACAACUACUGUACCAUUUUGAUUGGAAACUCCCUAAUGGAAUGAAAACUGAGGAUCUAGACAUGACUGAUGCCUUCGGUGUUACUGUUAGAAGAAAACGAGAUCUGUACCUGAUUCCCACUCCUUACUACCCAGCACCAUCCAUUCAGUAGUUUGAAUACAAAGAGACCUUCUGAGAAGACUGUCGAAUCACAUUUCACUUGGCAGCAGUUGUUUCCUAUUCUUAAUUUGUGUUUAAAUAUGUUCACUUUAAUUGUACCCUGUGAUUGCUCCAUGUUAAAAAGAUUAGUCAAGUCUAAUGUUAUUUAGCUGACAGGGAA